GACCUACCAGGCUACCAAGUACCAACUGUUCUUAGCGCGAAGAAAAUAAAAAUAGAAAAAAAAAUGAAAAAGAUAAACACCAAUUAACCAAAUCACGAAAAUAAACAUUAAAACGGCACCGGAUAGAGGCAUCACUAGUUCACUACCACCAAAAGACGCUUCAAUACCUCAAUUUCCGUUUUCAGGCAUCACUCACAAACAAUUUUCUUUCAAAUUUUAUCGAUUCUUUCUCUCUUCUCUGUAACACUACCACAAAGCAAUUUCAACACGUCCUGAGUCGACUCACCGAGUCACCUAUUCCGGGAAUCACAGCAGAAGAAACGCAACGAACGCAUGGCGGCGAUACCGUCGUCGAACCGUUCCCCCGACGACUUCACCGUCGAUCAAACGCCGCUAAUCGCGAACUCUAACGGCGGCGGUGGUGGAGGCACCUACGACGAAUCGAACUCCGGCCGCAGAUUUGUUCGGCGGCAGAGCCUCCGCCAGGCUGCGCGGUUUCUCCGGCAGGGGAGCGGGCGUAGGUCGAUGCGGGAGCCGUCGAUGGUGGUGAGGGAGACGGCGGCGGCGCAGCUGGAGGAGCGGCAGAGCGAUUGGGCGUACUCGAAGCCGGUGGUGGUGCUCGACGUCCUCUGGAACUUCGCGUUCGUGGUGGCAGGCGCUACUGUGCUAGUCCUGAGCCGGAACGAGUCGCCGAACGUGCCGCUGAGGUUGUGGAUCUUAGGGUACGCGGCGAGCAGCAGCAGCAGAGCACGAGCGACGUCGUUCAAGGUGUUAAUGGAGUUGGCGUUGGGGGGAGUGGAGAUUUAAGCUCCGGUUCCAUGGAAGGUUCUGGACACUAUUUGACAUUGGCUCAAUUCGAUGAGGACGGCACAAGCAUGCCAAAGCAUUUGGAAUCAGCCAACACAAUGUUUUCCUUUAUUUGGUGGGUUGUCGGGUUCUAUUGGGUAUCAGCUAGUGGUCAAGACUUAGCCCAAGAGGCUCCUCUGCUUUAUUGGUUAUGUAUAGUCUUCCUGGGUUUCGAUGUUUUCUUUGUCGUUUUCUGCAUUGCACUGGCAUGCAUCAUUGGUAUUGCUGUUUGCUGUUGUCUUCCGUGCAUCAUUGCACUUCUAUAUGCAGUUGCAGACCAGGAAGGGGCAUCUAAAGAAGAUAUUGAGCAGUUGUCGAAAUUCAAAUUCCAAAGGAAUGAAAAUAAUGAGAAACUCACUGAUAAUACACAAGUAUCUGCUGGGGGAGUUCUUUCUGACGAGGAUGCGGAAUGUUGCAUCUGCCUUUCUGCAUAUGAGGAUGGUGUUGAUCUAAGACAACUUCCCUGUGGUCACCAUUUUCACUGUGCUUGUGUGGACAAAUGGCUAUACAUUAAUGCUACCUGCCCCCUCUGCAAGUAUAAUAUCCUAAAAAGUAGCAGAAGUGCUCAAGAGGAAGUGUAGAACAUGUCGGAGAAGUUUCUAGAAGCUAUUUGGAGAAUUUGCAUAGGCCUUUGGGUUGCAGUAUAAUAGGCACGGUAUGCUAAUAUAUACAUACACAGUUGCUGCUACUGCUGCUGCUGCUGCUGUGUGCUUGUGCAUCUUCUAGUGAUAGUUAUUUAAAAUAUUCUUCCUUAUAGUAGCUUCUAAUUGCUUGUGUAUAUCAGCUUUGUUCAUUGUAUGCCUGGCAAUAAAUUACAUGGAGGCAAUUUGGUUGUCAUUUUUUCUUUCGACAUCAUUAUUAUUGUCAAGUCUGUAAGCGGCCAUGGAUGGUGGCAUUAUGUUCAUCAUCAUCAUCCAACCUGCCUCCAUGUGCGUCUCUGUUAGCGAGUUUCUUAAAUUGAAAUGAAAGCUUAGUUUGUUACAGACAGUUGUUAGCUAUCUGCCAAUAGUUAGAUAGGUUGCUGAAUGCUGAUAAAUGCAGUAUGAGACUCAAAUCAAUGAGUGGCUGCACGCCGAAUCCCAGGAAGAGCAUCAAAGCUGGCAGCUACAAGGUUGAAGGAUUUGUAUGCAUGAGAUACAUCUGAUUCUGAAGUUUGGUGGCGUGAUGGGAGUUUCAUACAUUCCAAAUGAAUUCCACCCAAGGGAUCUAUGUCCGAUGAACAUUGGACUUAGUUCAAUGUAGUUGGGCUUUCAUAUGAUCGAUAAUUUAAUUGUGGAUAUUGC